AUGGAAAACACAAAGGAGAUGGAAGAUGAUCUUCAUAAAUUCACUGCAUAUGUCUCAUCCUUCCAUCAAUCCUAUGGCGAGGAUAAUGAUCAACUACAUCUCGAUUUAUCCAAGCAUAUCAUAUGGUCUAAAGAGGUUGUCAAGUGCAUCUCAUGGUAUAUGCAUACCUAUGAUCAAUAUCAAGUUCCAGCCAAGAUGCGGAAAAGGAGCAGGAACUCGAUAGUGUUCGACGUCGCAAAUUUCCUUCUAUCCAAGACUGCAUGUCGUGCCAGACCUUGGGUUGUAGGCUAUGUGAGAAAGCGAUGCCAUAGCUUGAUGAAGGACUUGGUAAUUACCUGGCACGCUCAAAGGUAUCUCACAAAAACCCAAAAUGUUUUCCGGAAGUCUUUCAUGUUCAAGGAGUGUUGGGAGCGCGCGCGAGAACGACUUCAUCGUGGAUCAGACAAGAGCAACACUUUGGAUAACGAGGAACCACUCACAAAGAGACAGGCCGGUAAUCUUGGCCCUGUAGAUGGAAAAUACCAGAAGGUUCGACGAUCUCUGGCUGCCGAUCACACGAUUGCUGUUAAAACAUUCGAUCUAGAUUUAGUGGAGGAUUUGAAGAGUUUAUCGGGCACCGAAGCAGAAAUCCAUAUUCCUCAUCCGAUCACCGCCAACAAAUCAAUGAAAAUUGGUCCCGAACCACAAAGAUCAACAUCCCAACAAAGGAAUCCAUUUCCAAUUCCAAGCAAAAAAAAUGGGUCUGUUGUUGAUGUUACUUCGGGUAACGAAUGGCGCGUAGAUAUGAAGGAUGCGCUCGAUAGGCCACCCCGUAAUGUUGUCUCAGGGGACGAACCCUCUCCCCAUUCAACAACAACGAUCGCGCCGAGAAUUUCGCAGACUCCAAUCAUCUAUCCAGCCCUUCCACAAACGCCACCUUCGCAAUUGAUCCUUGACGAAUCUCCGUCUCGCGUCGCCCAAGCAUCUCGUGAUGCAAAUACAGAGUCACCACCAUGUAUUGAAAUUCAUGAUAUUAUCUCUCAUACUGAGAAGAUCGCGGCUUUGCCUAUAGAGAGCAUUAUGGGGAAUCGCACGAUUUUUGAACGCUUUGGAGCUAUCGCAACAAUUAUAACUCCAGAACGUGGUUUCUGGGUCGGGAUGCCUGCUGGGCCAGUCCUUGAUGAUUUCAAUUUUCACUCAUGGUAUAGUCGCGAAUUUGGACUUGAUGAAAUUCAGGGGCUAAGAUUUCACUAUAUGGAUUCAUGGCUCAAUCCAUUAUCCUGCCCAGUGGAUGUAGGUCGGUCAGAACUCGAAAACACCAAAUUGAAGCAACAUCUGUUUUUCGAUUUCGUCGAAACCUAUAACCAUUUCAAAGGGAAUCUCCGCACGUAUAGAAUACUCAUAAUCCCCGAGAAUAUGGUUCGUCUCUCUGUAUCCUGCCAGAAAUACCCUUCCUACAAUAAGGAAAAGCUAUUCGAAUUCUAUCACGACUGCGACCAACAGCUACGUCUUUUUUCUGGAACUAAAUCACUGAACUCGCAAAUCAAGGCCGUGUCAGGAUCACAAAUGUACUAUAAAAAGGGAAAAAGGCUCGAAUCGUCAUCGCUGCUUAAUGUUAUGGGACCCCCCAACUCUUCUUCCGCAGAAUCCGCGACCUCUCGUAUCCGUGGUACAGAACCCUCAAUUCAACUUCCCUCUCUUCUCCCACCCAUUAACCUUCCACUCCGCAAACUUCCUUCACUUGGUGAGAUGGAUAUCGGAAGAUUUGUCAAUCAUCCCCAACCAGCUGGCGAGCCAGAAAUUGUGAUUCGUGUCCAAAAGCCAGAUGGUAAAUUCACUGGUCCUUUACGUAAGGCACCUUUUGGACCUGGUGUCACAACCCAAGAAUUUUUUACUUGGUUCAUGCGAGUUUCUAGCCAGCCUGCCAUCGCCAUCCCCAACAUUUUACAAUUUUGCUUCAAGGAUGCCAUCCCAGCUAUUGAAUACAAGAUCUGUCGAGGAGAUGAGAGACAGUUUACACAGAUGAAGCGUAAUAUUCUCCCUCAGUGUCGUCACACCGUAGCAAUGAUGUCAUCAGUCAGUGAAUUUGCCAUAAUUAUUCGGGAGCUACAUCGGCAUGCCGGGCUGUCCUAG